AUGAAUGUGUCCAGUUGGGGUCAAGAUCUGCUGGUAGCCAGAAUGAUGUCUUUGCUGCUGCUCCUUUUGCUACUUCAGCUGCCUCAGAUUGUUAGCCAAAAUGUGGACAACAGAUCUGGUCAGCAACCAAAGGUUCGUAAUGACUUGGGCAUUCCAGAGAACAUAGCUAUUGGUGAAUUUCUCUCUUUUUUAAACUAUAAAUUUAAUGAGAUCACAUUUGAUACAACACCAGAUCCAGAUACGAGAACUUUCCUAGUGCCGAAUUACUACCAUCAAUACCUUGUAUUUACUUUUGCCAUGAAUGAGAUCAACAAGAAUGUCAACCUCUUACCCAACACAACCCUCUCUUCCAUCUUCGCUCAAAAUGCUGACAAUGAAAUGGGAAACUGUUCUGGGACUAUGGAACUCCUUUUCCUAAGACAGGGGAACCCCGUCAACUAUAUGUGUGGCAAUACAUACAAGCUAAUGACCAUCAUUGGUGGGCUGUCCUCUCAUACCUCCAAGGAGAUGCCCCACAUCUUGAAUAUCUACAAGAUGCCACAGCUUCACUCCUUCCUGAAGCACAUCCGCUUCAACAACAGUGCUGGGGAAGAAAUAUUUUUUGAUAAAAAUGGAGAGUUGACAACUGGAUAUGAUAUUAUCAACACAGUCACAUUCCCUAAUUGGUCCAUCCAUAAAGUCUUGAUUGGACGGUUGGACCCACAGGCUCCUGAAGGGGAAAAAAUCACUAUUAAUGGAAGUGCUGUUGUGUGGAAUCACAAAUUUAACCAGAUCCUACCGAAAUCCACAUGUGUUGAAAGUUGCCAUCCUGGACAAAGCAUGAUCAUGCGACAGGGGGAACAGAUUUGUUGUUAUGAUUGUUCUCGGUGCUCUGAAGGAAUGAUUUCAAACCUGAUGGAUGCAGACCAUUGCAACAAGUGCCCUGAGGAUCAGCAUCCAAACAAGAACCACAACCACUGCAUCCCUAAAGCUAUAAUCUAUUUAUCAUAUAGUGAGCCCUUGGGGAUCAUUCUGACUUCAUUUGCUCUUUCUAUUUCUCUGGUCACCGUUGUGGUAAUGUGGAUCUUCAUUCAACAUCGGAAUACUCCCAUUGUCAAGGCCAACAACUGGACCAUUACCUGCACCCUCUUUAUUUCCAUAUUGCUUUGCUUUCUGUGCUCUUUCUUAUUCAUUGGGAAGCCUGGGAAGGUAACCUGCCUUUUCCGUCAAUCAGUGUUUGGAAUCAUCUUCUCCCUUGUUGUUGCUUGUGUGCUGGCUAAAACAAUUACUGUGGUUCUUGCUUUUAUGGCCACCAAGCCAGGAAACAAGAUGAGGAAAUGGCUAGGGAAGAGGCUGGCAGUGUCCAUCAUCAUUCUCUGUACUCUUAUUCAAACCAGCAUCUGUGCAGUGUGGCUGGCAACCUCUCCUCCCUUCCCAGAAUUUGACAUGCAUUCUCAAUUCAGUGAAAUUAUAGCACAGUGUAAUGAAGGCUCAGACUUCAUGUUCUACAUUGUCCUGAGCUACAUGGGGCUUUUAGCCAUCAUCAGCUUCACUGUGGCUUUCUUUGCCAGGAAGUUGCCUGAUACUUUUAAUGAAGCCAAGCUCAUCACCUUCAGUAUGUUGGUUUUCUGCACUGUUUGGUUAUCUUUUGUCCCAACUUACUUGAGCACGAAAGGAAAAUACAUGGUGGCUGUGGAGAUCUUCUCCAUCUUGGCCUCUAGUGCUGGAUUGCUGGGUUGCAUUUUCCUUCCCAAAUUCUAUAUUAUUGUCCUGAGGCCAGAGAUGAACACCAGGGAUCAAUUAGUAAGGAAAAAGAUCACUGAUCACUGA